AUGGCGGUGGAAGAUGUGGUGGUGGUAGGUGCAGGGAAAGCUGGGCUAGCCAUGGCGGUGGCCUUGAAGAGAGCAGGAAUCCGGGCCUUGGUUUUGGAAAGAUCUAAGGAGCUUCGAGUCGCCGAUUUAAGUGAACCCAGAACAAUAAAACAGAAAACCUUGUUAAAAGUGUUGGUCGAUGAACUACCUAUUGAUUCUAUUCGCUUCUCUUCCAAUGUUGCUGCCAUUGAAACACAAACACAAGAAGGUUCCUCCAUUGCCAUCCUUUAUUUGGAUGAUGGUACCAUUGUCAAAACUACAGUAAAAUCAGUUGAUUUAACAAGAAGAGAAUACAUGCCAGGAAAUCCAGAACUAAUACAAAGAGAAGUAAUUGAGAAGUACCCAUGGAACAUAAUGUUAGGGCAUCUAAACAAAUUAAACAUAACAGUGGUAGGUGAUGCCUUGCACACCAUGACACCUGAACUAGCUCAAGGUGGAGCUGCAGCUCUAGAAGAUAUAAUAGAAGCAGAAAAUGAGCAGGAAGAAGGAAUUUGGCUGCUUGUAUUUUCAUUCAACAUCACAGGUUUAUAUACAAGUGUAAAAGAUAAGAGAUCAGAGAUUCAAAAACCAAAUACAAAUUCAAAAGAAGAUCAAAUACAAAUUUAA